GAUGGACGAAAUAGACGAAAGUUGAAGUGCAAAAGGUAGCAAUUCUUUGGAUUCUAAGAAAAAAAGUCAAGGUGAUGGAAUAAACGAUUAUAGAUCUCAAAUUUGAAUCGUCGUGAGAAUGUCAAAGCAUCAAGAUGGUGAAGUUUAAUACUUUUUGAAUAUGUUAUAUCUAAAUCUAAGUAAUCUUCAUGGAGGAUUCUCAAAAUCACGACUGUCAUUGCAACUGUAAUGUUUUUCGAAUAUUUAAACUUAAAUGCGUCUGAUCAAGGAGUACAGUGGGUAUGGAAAGACCCAAUAGCAGAUGAAUUAAUAAAAUUAAUUGGUAACAAUUGGGAGAUUGAAAGGUCAGCUUAAAUUUUAAAUAUUUAGAACUCUGGGCACUUUUGUUUAGCUGCAGUCUUAUUGGUAGAACCAUUAAAAAUUAGUGAUUGUAAAUUUUUUUUACGCGUUUGAAAUUCACGUUUUAUGUUUUGUAUACUUUCUUUGGGGUGGGUAUUGCUUAAGUUUGGAGUACUGCUCAAGAAAGCAGGUAUGCAUUUGAAAGUUCUGUUUGGAAUUUUUUUUUUUACAAAAGUUACUAAUCUACUCCAGGGGGUCGUGAGACAACGGAUUCGGUAUAAAAAUACAGCACUAGGCCGAGAGCCCCGAUUUAAAGUGCUCGCCCCGUGGAUCUUCCUGAUGGGACACGUGUCGUCGGGGGUCUCUCGGCGGGGUUCCGACGAUACACCGUUUGCCCGAGGGUGUUACGACGAAGAUCGGAGCGAACGUAACCGGUGGACUUUUAAAAACUACCAGCCAUACUGUUCUGGGGAACGAUGCCAAAAAGUUAACAUCCGGAUAUACCGUAAAAAUAAGGAUAACAAGCAAUUUACUCAUAGAGGAAGAAAAUACUUCAGCACUAAAAAAAGGAACUGCAAUGGGCGGCGGAGGGUGGAGGCAAUUUGAAUCUGAUAGCAAAGUCGGAAGAUCUUUAAGAAACCGUAAAUAUAAAUCAAGGAAGUUUUUUCACGAAACACAACAGACAAAACGGCUCUUCACCCCCGAAAUAAAGAAGUUUCUCAAGGCUUGGUUGGUUAGGCGGAGAAAGAACCCGUAUCCGAAUAGGUCAGAGAAGAAAGACUUGGCACAUCAAACCGGUCUGACUUACACACAAAUCUGCAAUUGGUUCGCCAACUGGAGGCGGAAGCUGAAAAAUUCGUGCAGGUCGAAGGACGGCAGUUGGGGCCUGUUGAUCAAAGGGUACAACCACCAGGCGAAAGGGAACGUCGAACAAUUCAGCAUAUCUUCCGAUGACAGCAUAUGGGACGAGACGGCGUACAGCGUCGAUUCCGACCGGAAUUCGCCCGGAGUGGCGGAGAACACGACGGAGAUCGACCAUUGCUACUACAACAACUCCCAGUUGACGGGAAACGAGCAGUGCAAGACGAACGAGAUCCGAGAGACGAGACCGGUCCUCCUGACCAAGUGGCUGGAGAGCACUGCCAGGUACGCGGGCAAAAGGGAGAGGUACGUACCUUGGGCAGCGUACAACGUCACCUGGGAACCGGAGAAAAGACGCCACAGGGAAGAGCUGGACGCCGCUGAAGCCCUCACGAAACUAGGAGCCUGGACGCCAACGCCCAUUCCGGGACAUUGAAACCAACAAAAUUGGCUCAUUCACACGGAGAUUAAUAAUGCUAGAAGAGUUUUAUUUUUUCACCUUAAAAUAUAAUGGCUAGUUUAGAUAUUCGUCAUCGUUCGAUCAAUAGUAAUUUAAUAGAAUAAAUUAGUUUUAUUUUAAAGAAAUAAGAAAUGCAAAAUAUGGGCGUAAGAGAAUUUUAAGAACAUUAAAAAUUGAACCGUUUUAGGGGUAGAUCCAUUGACAAAUAUUUUGAGCCUAUAGGUAGAAUACAAAAACAUAGUUCUGCAAGAAAUAUUCAAUAACAACAAUAAUCCAUAUAUGUAUUUAGUAGUCAUAAUUGACCAAUUAAUUAUUUAAAUUAAGUAUACUUUU